AUGGAGGAGCAGGAAGAUAACUUUGUGCUUUCCCUCGGAGCCAACACCAGCAAGUGCAGCCUUGAGACUAACCACACACAGGCCCCAAUAUGCUGGUCAGGAGCAACCAGGGGUGGCCCAGAGGUGGUGAUUGUACCGGUGCUUUUUGGGUUGAUUUUCUUCCUGGGAAUGGUGGGAAACACAUUGGUGUUGGUUGUUUUGGGGCGUCUCCGGCCUGGGCGACACCCAUCACGCAGUGCUACCAACAUCUUCAUCCUGAACUUGAGCAUUGCAGACUUCUCCUUUCUGCUCUUCUGCGUGCCGUUCCAGGCCACCAUCUACUCCCUGCCAGAGUGGAUCUUUGGUGCCUUCUUUUGCAAGUGGGUUCACUACUUGGCCAUGGCAACAAUGCUGGUCAGCAUCUUUACUCUAGUGGCUAUGUCCGUGGACAGAUACAUUGCUGUGGUCCAUGCCAAGCGUUCACCCUGUAUCCGCAGCAAGCGCAACGCCGCCCUCGGUGUGGGUGUCAUUUGGCUGCUGUCUCUACUCAUUGCCAUCCCUGUAGCCCAGCACCAGGCCCUCAUGAGUGGUCAUCAGCAAGCACCCAACAGCUCCUUCUGCUGGGAGCACUGGGCAGAUGGUUCAACAGCCAAGCAGAUGUACAAGAUUACCAUCCUGCUGGUGGGAUAUCUCCUGCCCCUGGUGCUCAUCACCUGCUGCUAUGCCAAGGUUUUAUAUCAUCUCCAUACAAAAGUAAAGAACAUCUCCAAGAAGUCAGAGAGAUCAAAGAAAAAGACAGCACAGACGGUGCUUCUCGUGGUCACCGUGUUCCUGCUCUCCUGGCUGCCACACCACAUCAUCACGAUGUGGGCAGAGUUCGGGCAGUUUCCCCUGAACACCACCUCCUUCACCUUCCGCAUCAUCUCUCAUUGCUUAGCCUACGGGAACUCUUGCAUCAACCCCAUCAUUUACGCUUUCCUCUCGGAAAACUUCCGCAAGGCCUGCCGGCAAGUCUUCACCUGCAAGUUCUUCCUGCGGCCGGUUCCCACUGACAAACUGGUCAGAAUACGCAUGGAGAACUUCUCUACCACGCACUCGACCACCAACUUGUAA